AUGGUAUCAAAAAUAUUACCAGGAUUAUUAAAGAAAAUAUUAGGUAAUUACAUUGAAGGAUUGGAUACAUUGUCAAUACCAUGGUGGAAAGGUCAAAUUGUUUUAGAGAAUUUAAAAUUCAAAAAAGAGUUAUUUUCAUCCAAUGAAUUACCAUUUGAUUUAUUAAGUGGAGUUGUCAAACGAGUUGUAAUUACAAUACCAAUUUUACAUUUUUUAAAAGAUCCUAUAGUGGUUAAUAUUGAUGGAGUAUUUUUACUAUUUGGUCCAAAAGAUAUAAUUAAUACAUUUAGUAAUUAUGGUAAUGAUAAAUCUAAUAAAAAAGAUAUCGUUAUUGAUGAUAAUGAUGGUGGAAUUUCAAUCGAUAGUAAUAGUAAUAAUAAUAAUAAAAAGAAUGCGCCAUCAUCAUCUUCAUCUAAUGAUGAUUUUUUUAAAAAACCAAAUUUAACAAAAGAAGAAUUAAAAAAAAUUCAAAUUCAAAUUGAUAAAGAACAAUCGAAAGAAUCAAAUGAUGGUUAUUCAGCUGAUAGUGAAAGUUUUAAAUUUAGGAUGAUAAAGAAAUUAUUGAAAUGUAUUAGAAUUCAAUUAAAUAAUCUUCAUAUUUGUUAUCAAGAUGAUUCAACAUCACCAGGUGAAAUAUUCUCUGUUGGUAUUACAAUGGAGUCAUUUACAUUUCAAACUACAGAUUCGCAAUGGGUACCAUUAUCAAAGAAUACUUCAACUCAUCAACAACAACAACCAACUUUUAAUCCAUAUGUUGGAUCACAACAACAACAACAACAACAACCACAACAAAACACUGAAAUUAAUUAUGAAAAUGAUAGUGAACAUAAUCCAUUCAUGAAUAAUAAAAAUAGUGAUGAAGGGAUAUCAUCAUCAUCAUCAUCGUCAUCAUUUAAUAAUAAUAAUUUAAAUAUACCAACAUUAAAUUUAAAUGAUAAUUAUAUGGAUUCUGAAGCAUAUACAACAAAUACACAACCAACACCAAAAAGUGAACAAUAUCAACAGCAACAACAACAACAACAACCAUUAGGUCAAAUAGUUGAUCAAAUUAUAACAUAUAAAUUGGCAAGUAUAUUUAAUUUUUCAAUUUAUUGGGAUUCACAAUUUGGAAAGACAAGAAUGGUAACACCAGAAGAUAUGGAUGUAUUGUUAAUGCAUUCAAUACCAAGGCAAAAAGCAAAGAUUAAUCAUAAAUAUAUACUUCAACCGAUUAGUGGAUUUUUAAAGAUUUGUUUAACUGAAGAUUCAAUUGAAAGUGUUAAUAAGGAGGGUGUAUUCAAUUCUAUUGCAAAUAAUUUCAAUGUUUCAAUUGGAUUGAAACAAAUUGAUUUACAACUAAUGGAUAUUCAAUAUAGGGAUAUGUUAAAUUUAUUAUCAUUUUAUCAAGAUUGGCGAAGAGUUUUAAGAUAUCAUAAAUUUAGACCCCAUUGUAGAGUUAAAGGAAAUGCUAGAAUUUGGUGGCAUUUUGCAUUCCGCUCAAUCAUUUCCGAUUUUAGAUCAAAGAAAACUGAAAUGACUUGGAAGGAAAUUGAAGAUUCUAAAAGAGUUAGAGAAUGUUAUAUUAAACUUUACACAGAGAAAUUUAUAAAAGGAAAGUUGGGUAGAUUGGAUCAAAACCUUAUCGAUGAAAUCGAGAAAAAAGUAACCUAUGAAGAUAUUGUAUUGUUUAGAACCAUCGCUGAAAAGGAUUUAAAAGUUACAAAAAGAAAAGAUUUAGAUCAAUUCACAGAGAGUUCAGGUUGGUGGUUAGGUGGUUGGUUAGGAUUUCAACAUCAUCAUCAAAAUAAUAACCAAGAUAAAAUAACAUUAACCAAUGAACAGUUAACAUUCUUGGAACGGUAUUUAAAGGUUAAUCUUAAAGUUUUAGCUGGUAAACCUCAUUCAUCAGUUUCAUUGAUUUUCUUUUUAAAUGUUAAACGUUUGUCAAUUUCAAUUUUAGAUUGGCAAGAGAAUCAUACAGUUGUACCAUUAGCAAACAUUGAUAUAACCGAAGUUAAUUUACAAAUGGAACAAUCUCAUAAUACAAAAUUAAAAUUCUCUGCUGAAUCUUUAGAUAUUUUCGAUAGAUGUUCACCAAAUACAAAAUUUGAAAAUAUUAUAUUAGAGAAAUCAAGAUUUAAUUCUUCAAAUAUUAAUCCAGAUAAUAGUGCUAAUAGUAUUGGUUCAUUCAUACUUGAUCGUCAAAUUUCAAAUUCUGAAUUUCUAAAUGGUGUUUAUACUGGUGUUAAUGGUACUAAUAAUAAUAAUAAUAAGAAAUUUAUUGAUAUAUCAAUUGUAUUAAAUCCACCAGAGGAUACAACAGAUUAUUUCAUUUAUUUUAAAUUGGAGCCAUUUUAUUUCAUAAAUUCAAAACCAUUCGUUGAUACAAUGAUACCAUUCUUUACACAUGCAAAUCAAGAAGCAUUAGAUCGUUUGAAAUAUUCAUUCAUAAAGAAAAUUAAAAUACUUCAAGAAUAUUUAAUAAAUGAAUUAAAACAUUUAGUUAGAAAUCAAAAAGUUGCAGAUAUUAAAUUAGAUAUAGCAAUACCAGGUUUAGUAUUCCCAGAAUCUUAUGAUCGUGAAGAUACUAUGGUAUUGGUUUGUAAUAUGGGUAAUUUAAUAUUAAAAACUCAACCACACAACAGUGAAUGGGAUUCAAUGGAUUUCUCUGAAAUUAAUGAACAAGAUGAAACUGAUGAAAUUUUCGUACGUUAUUGUAAUCUUUUAAAAGAUAGAGUUAAAUGGUGGUCUGAUAAUUGUCCAAUUAAAAAAAUUAAUGAACCAAUUGAAAAACAAAGUUAUAUAAUAAAUUAUGUUCAACAACAUAGACAAACAAUUGAAAAUCUUGGUACUGGUAAUGGUAUAAAUAAUAAUAAUAGUGGUGGUGGUGGUAAUGGUGGUAAUGCAUCUAAUUCAAGUGAAGAUGAUGGUAAAUAUCCAGAACAAGAUGAUUUAGAUGAUAGUAAAGUUGAAAAAGAAGGAUUUGAUAGUUGUGAUACAGAUUGGAAUAAAGUUUCAGUUAAUAUAAAUAAUGCUCAGUUUUAUGAUGGAAUAGUUUUAACAAUUAGUGAUAUCUAUGUUAAAGUUUGUGAUUGUACACAAAUUAAUAAUUUCAAUUAUUUAAUAUCACCUUUUAGUUUGGAUAUAUUUUUAGAGUUAUGUUCAAGACCAUACGAUUUAAAAUUACCACAAAUUAAAUGUAAGGCAGAAUUAUCAGAAUUGAAUCUACAAGUUUCAGAUAAAGAAUUAUAUGAAAUCGCAAAGAUUGUUGGUAAAAAUGGUAUUUUAGAAUACUUUAUGGAUAUGGAUAGAAAAUCAUCAAAAGAAUUAGCUGAUAUGUAUGAAAUUGUUCAAGUGAAAAAACCAAAGAAAAAAUCAUUCGAAGUUCAAUUCUCAUUAUUCUCUGAUACAAAAUCAAUUUUAAAUUCAAGAAAACGUACAAAAGAAAGGUUAGUUAAAACUACACUAUUAAGAUUCUUUUUCACUAGUAAUGCAAUCAAUAUGAAAUUGAAUUAUUUAGACUCUUGUACUUUAUCAUUAACAAUGGAUCAAAUUCGUUGUAGAAGUUUAGUUAAAUUUAUGCAAAUGAAUAUUCAAUUCGAUAUUUCAUCAAUUGAAAUUAAAGAUUCAAAUUCAAUAACACCAGUAUUAUCAAUUUUUCCAUAUAAUUUAAAUAAUAAUAAUAAUAAUAAUAAUAAUAAUAAUAAUAAUAAUAAUAAUAAUAAUAAUAAUAAUAAUAAUAGAAAUUUAAAUAAUAAUAAUAAUAAUAAUAAUAAUAAUCAAAAACCUGAAUGUUUAAAUGAAUUUCCAAUUUCAAUUACAGCGAAAUCAAUUAGUAAAAAUUCAUUAGAUUAUGAUUAUAUUGAUUUUGUAUUAACAUUAACAACUCAAUAUAUAAGAAUUAAUUUUCCAAAAGAAUGUGUAAUGGCAUUAAUUGCAAUCAUUGGUACAGUUGUUACAAAUACAACCAAUUUCUAUGAAACUAAGAAAUCCAUUCUUACAGUUGAAGGUUCAUUUUAUCAAGGUAGAGUUGGUCAAUUUACUCAAUCAAACACAACAACAACCACUUCACCACGUUAUCAUCAUCAAAAUCAUCAUAAUCAUCAACAUAAAAAACAAAAUCGUCAUAGAUUAUCAACAAGAUUAGAAACUAAUGAAUUUGAUCCAAAUGAUUUGAAAUCGAAAAUUACAAUUAAUAUACCAAGUUUUGGUUUAACGCUUAGUACAAUUGAAAAUGAUUUAGUUGCAUUCCAAUUUGAGGAUAUUUCAAUUGAUGGUAUUUUUCAAUUACCUUUAAUAGAUUGUGAAUUAAAGGUUAGAGAUAUGAAAUUCAUUGAUUAUACAGGUUCAGAUGGUCCAUAUCCAUAUAUGUUGAUUACACAAAAAUCACAAUCACCAAUGGUACCAGUUGUAAGAAUGCAUUUAGUUUGUCAUUCAAAUAGUAAAACUCAAGAAUGGGGUUUUUCACGUUUAAUCAAUAUAGCUGUUGGUAAAAUUCAAAUCACUUUUCUAUUACAAACUAUAAAUUUAAUACGUUUAUUCAUUCAUGAUAUUACUUCAUCAUUAAAAGAAUAUUGUCCAUUCUUAUUUAAAGUUAUGGCAAUUGUUGAUGAUAAUAAUAAACCAUCAUCAAAAGAUAAUAAUAAUAAUAAUAAUAACAAUAAUAAUAGUGACAGUGAUAGUGAUAGUGAUACUGAUAGUAGUAGUAGUAGUGAAAACAAUUAUAAUAAUAAUAUUGAUUUAAAUUCACCAGUUGUUGAAAUUGUUAAAAAGAAAAAGAAUUUAACAAAUUUAGAGAUUGAAAUUGAUAAUAAUGUUGUAAUAGUUCCAAAGAAUAGUAGAUCAAGAUCAGCAAUUAGAUUUAGUGUUGGAAGAAUAUUACUGGGGUUAGAUCAAAUGGAUCCAACGGUUGAUGCAGUAUUUGUAAAGAUUUAUGGUAUUAAUAUGGCAUCGAAAUAUGAAGAUUCAAUUGAUCCAAUCAUUUCAGAUCCAAUUAAAAUGGAUAUUAGAUUCAUUCAUAUGUUUGAAACUUCUUUAAAGGAUAAAUCAAUUGAAGUCAUUAUUAAAAUUGAUAAAAUUCAUUUAAAGUUAUCUCAAUACCAAUAUAAUCUAUUAUACAAUACAUAUCAACAAAAUAUUAAUCAAUCAAUUGUACCGGCCCCACCCUCAAAUUCAUACUCCACUGUCGAAAGACAAGAUAUUCUAUUGGAUAUUAGGUUAGAGUUUAAAGAUUUUGUUGAAUUAAAUUUAGAAAAUGAAAAAACCAAUGAUUCAAGAUUCUUUUCAAUGUUAAUUCAACGUCCAAUUAUUUGUUGUUCAGUUUGGAAUAAUGGUGAUUCAGAUUUCUUGAUUAAAACAACUGGUAUAAGUGUACGUGAUAAGAAUAAAUUAGUGGUUGUACCAAAUGGAUUUCAAGAGAUGAUCAAUAUUACACCAUAUGAUUUAGAUGUACCAAUAAAGAAUGUUAUUAAUCAAUCGAUUAAUGAAGUGUUUUUUGAUAUAGUUAAAAUGAAUAUCGAUGACAAUGGUAUUGAUAUUAAUAUCACAAUAGAAUAUUUAAGUAUCUUUUUCGAUUUACCUUGGGUUUCGAAAUUAAUAACAUUCUUAUCACCAAUUAUUGAUGCCGAUUAUAUUGGUAAUAGUUGUUCAAAUUCAACUAAUAAAUCUUCAACAACAAUCAAUACUCAGUUAUUACCCCCACCGCCUCCACCACCACCAAUCUCAUUAAAUAAAUCUGGUGUGAAUUUAACAAAUCAACAACAAAAUGAAGAAUUUAAUUCAAAAUUUAAUAAGGAUUGGAAAAUAUUCUUAAAAGUUGAAGUAUCUGCAAAGAAUGCAAAUAUUAUGGUUGGUGAUUUAAAUAGUAAGAAUGAAUUAGUAUUAUUAAUGAAUUCAUCAUUAUUGAUUAAUUCACAAUUUGGUACUGAAGGUUUAAUGAAAAUAAUAUUAGAAUAUCAAUGUAUUAAAGGUUUAAUUGGUAAUAAAACAAAAGAUCCAAUCUAUUCAACUAAAAAUCCAAGUGCAACUACAAUGUCUUUUAUUUCAGCUAGCAGUCGUGAUUUGGGUGCUCAAAAGAAUACAACUCAUUAUCUUUGGAAAGAAUUAAAGAAAUCUUCAAAAUUAUUUUUAGAAACUUUUAAAACUAAUAUUCAAGUUUGUUUAGUACCUGAAGGUAAUCAAUUCUAUUUCUGUGAAUUAAAUGAUCUAUCAUUGGUAUUCUCUGGUAAAGCAUAUAAAUAUCUAUUAGAUAUUUAUGAAUGUGUUUCUGAUAUAAUCUAUGGUGUUAGUAAAUCAAAAGAUAUUACAAAUAAUAAUUUAGUUCAAAAACAUAGUCGUUCAUCUUCAAUUAGUACAGAUUUACCAAUACCAAUUAAUUUAAGAAGAAGUUCUAUAAUUUCAACAAAUUUAAUGCAACAACAACAACAACAACAACAACAACAACAACAACAACAACAACAACAACAACAACAACAACAACAACAACAACAAAAUAAUAAUAAUAAUCAAAAUAACCAAGCAAGUAGUAAUAAUAAUAAUAAUAAUAAUAAUAAUGUAAGUGGUAAUACAAUUAAUAAUAAAAGUGUACCAAAUGUUCAUGAUAAAACAAAGAAUCAAUUUUAUCAAAUUAAAACUAGAUCAGUUGAGAUGUUAAGAGCUCAUCAAACUAGAGUUACAGAGAAAUAUCAAGCAUCAUUACCAUCAAAUGGAAAAAUAGCAGAAACAGAAGAGAAUGAAAAUGGAGAUCAUACAUUUACAAGUGAUGAUGAUGAUGAUGAAGGUGAAGAUGAAGAUAUUGGUGAAGGUUUUUCAUUAGAUCAUAGUACAUCAAGUGCACCAACAUCAAGAUCAAAUUAUAACAAUAUAAAUGAACCAAUGAUUGAUUUAAAGAGUAGUAAGAAACAAGAUGAUUCAAAUAUGGUUACAAAGAUUCAAUUCUCACAAAUUUCAAUAUCAAUUAAAAAUCUGAAUAUCAUUAUAAUGGAUGAUCUUAGUAAACAUAAAAUGAAUACACCCAUUUUCAAUAUGAAAUUAAAUUAUGGAUUUAUGAAAGCAGUUUUAAAGACAACUAGAAUUGAAGUUGAAUUCGAUUCAGUAUUUCAAAUGAACUAUUUCAAUAAUAGAAUUGCAUAUUGGGAACCAUUCAUUGAACCUUGGUUAUUUAAAUCAAUGAUGACAUUGGGUAAAGAAUUAUCAAUCGAUAUAUACAGUACAGAUUUAUUGAAUAUUAAUUUCACAAUACCAUUAAUGGAUAAUAUAAGUCUUUUCCUUAGAACUUAUAGUAAAGAAUUUGGUUAUCCUUUCAAUUUAAUUUGUGCACCAUCCGAUAGUAAUAACACUGAUAAUAGUAGUAAUAAUGGAAAGAAAUCUCAUUCAAAUCGUCAUUCUCUAAUUGGACAAAUUAAGAAAAUUAAAGAAAAAAAGACAAAAACUUCUUAUUCACCAUUUUUCAUUAGAAAUAGAACUGGUUCACGUUUAAGAUAUAGAUUGGAAACUCAAGACGGUAAACCGGUUGCAGGUGUAAAUCAUAAAAUGGAAGGUUCAACAGUUCGUGUUGUAAAUAUUGAAAAUUAUGGACUAUUUUUUGAAUUGGAUUCUGGUGAUUGUUCACCAAUUAAAUUCUUACCUGAUGUUCAAAUUAAUUUAGAAACAUUUAGUCAAUUGGUAUUGGCAGUCGAGUUAUUGGGUGUUGAAAAAUCAAUUUCAAUUCCAUUGGAUAAAAUUAAAAUCUAUGACUAUCAAGUUUAUUUGGAUAGUUCAACCAGUACAAAACUUUAUGCAAAUAUUGGUAUUAAAAAUGGUACGAAAUUAAUCACAAUUCAAUUCCCUAUAGUUUUAAAGAAUUUAACAUCAUUCCCAAUCGAUAUUGCAACGGUAACUAGUGGAUUUGGUGAUACUCAAAUGCCAAACUAUUCAACUACUAUUAGAGUUGGUCAAGCAAGAGCACCAUUACCAAUCAAUCGUAUGAGAAAUGUACAAAUUAAAUUUAAACCAUCAGGAGACCAAUACAAGUGGAGUACUGAAGCAUUGGAUGUGAAUAAUGUUAUUGAAGGUGAAGAUAAAUUCUCUUGUAUUUUAAAGAAUGGUGAAAAAAUAUACUACAUCAAAGGUUACAUUUUCAAAAAGAAUCAAUGUUUUAUCAUUAAACUUUGUCAUAUGUUAAAGGUUAAGAAUCUAUUACCUUAUCCAAUUCAAUUCAAAUUGAAAUCUCCAAUUGAAAAUAUACCACUAUUAAAACGUGAAACUCAAGCAACCGUUCAAGAUCAAGAGAAAACUGAAGUUUAUGAAAUUCCAUUAUUGGAUAAAUUUAAAAUUCAAGUUAGAAUCGCUGAUAAAGAUGGUACAUUUGAAAAGAGUGAAUGGAGUGAAAUUCGUUCAAUAGUUGAACGUGAAGAUAAUAAUGAAAUUGGUGUUAUAACAAUAUCGGAUUCAAAUAAUCUAAUUGUUGAUUAUCUUCAUUUAAAUGUAGAAUUUGAAUCUUAUAAAGGUGAAAAAAAGAUAGUUUUCUAUAAUCAAUAUUGGAUUUUUAACAAGAGUGGUUUGAAUUUAUACUGUAAGAAAUCUUAUCAUUCAAAAGAUUAUUCAGAGAGUCAAACUCAUUUUAAUCAUCCACUUCAACAAUUAGAUUCAUCAAAUACAAACACAACCAUUAAACCAUCGGAUGCCAUCAUUGUAACACCUGAUCAAUGGUAUUCUCAUCAAUUAAUAAAAGAAUCACCAUUGUUAUUCUCUUUUAAGAAAUUAAAAGAUAUGGAAAAUUCAAUAAGAAUUAGAGUUGGUGAUUCAAAAUGGUCUCAUAAGAUAUCAAUCGCUGCAAUUGGUGAUCGUGGUACAAUUGUAAUUGAUUCAUCAGAGAAAAGACAUUCACGUUCUUAUCAUUUAGGUUUAUCAGUAGAUUUAGCACCAAAUUUAAAAACAAAAAUAGUUGUUUUCACACCAAGAUUUGUAUUUCAUAAUCUUUUUCCAUACACAAUUUUAGUUCAACAAUGUGGUGCAAACACUGAUUCCACUACUAUUAGAAUUCCUCCAUCAUGUUCUGUACCAUUUUAUUAUUUCAUUAAUAACACUGGUGAGUCUUCAAAACCAACAUUGAAAUUCAAAAUUGAUUAUCAAGAAUUUGAUUGGUCUCCUCCAUUUUCAAUUCAAACAUUUUCAGAUUUUACAUUUAAUGUAUUCAAUAAUAAUAAUAAUGAUAAUGUUGAAAAUUAUAAACAACCUGAUAUUCAUUGUAAUCCAUAUAUUAGAAUUAAAACCUGUUUAGAAGUUGCAACCAUUUUAGUUAUUAUAUCAGAAUUAAAAGAACCACCUUAUAGAAUAUUAAAUAAUACAAAGUAUCAACUUUCAAUUCAACAGAAAAAAGUUGGUAAAGUUUUAACGGUUGAACCAUCUUCAUCAAUUCCUUAUGUUUGGGAUUUACCAUUGGAAGAUCAUAUUUUAGAGGUAUUAGUACAUAUAUCAACCAAUCAAAGUGAAAAGGCAUCUUAUAAGAUGGAUAAAAUUAAAACUUUUAGACCAAUGGAAUUUAAUGAUGAUCAUAAUCCUGUGGUUAUUAAAGCGAUUGUUGAAGCUGAUGAAUCAACUCGUGUAUUAACACUCUCUGAUAAGACAUCAUUUCAAAUUAGUAAAUAUGAAGAAGAGAAUUUACGUCAAUCAUUUAGAAUUCAUUUCACUGGUAUCGGUAUAUCAGUUAUUAAUGCAAAUCCAACAGAACUUCUUUACGUUUCAAUUCAUGAUAUCCUUUGUGAAUAUUUCAUUAGUAGUUUUCUUCAAAAGUUAGAGAUGAAAAUUACAAAUAUUCAAGUUGAUAAUCAAUUAUCAAAAGUUACACCCUAUAGUCAUCCAGUUUUAUUAUUUGCAGAUAAUCUAUUACCAAAUACACCAUUCUUACAAGUUAGAAUAGUAAGAUCAAUGAAAAUGAAAAAUAUUGAUUACUAUCAUCAUGUCUCUUUGAAAAUGCAAGAAUUAAACAUUAAAGUUGAAGAGAAAUUCCUUUACGUAUUAUUGGAUUUCUUUAAUAGUUUAGAUUUCUCAUUUUGGACAGGUAAUAAAAAGACAAAUACUCUACAUAAUAUGGAUAUGUUAACUCCAAUGUAUAAUGAAGAUAUUGGUGAAGGAUUUAUAGAUGAAAUGGUAGCUCGUGCUCUACCUUCAAUCUAUGGUAAGAAAAUGUAUUUCGAAUCAUUGGAUAUUGAACCAAUUAGUAUGUUUUUAACAUUUGAUCUUUCAAAUAAGUCUGGUUCAAUCGCAAGUUUAGAACAAGCUCCAAUGGUAAAAGCAUUUAGAAGAAUAGGUUUCGUUAUUGUUAGUUUUCAACAUGCUCAUAUAUUUUUACAUGGUUUCUCAUUAUCUCAUGCAUUUGGUUCGAAUGAAGAAUUGCUUGCACCAAUUUUCAAUCAUUACUUUAGUGAAGGUUUAUCUGAAGUUUAUAAAAUAUUGGGAGCAUUUAAUUUGUUUGGUAAUCCAGUUGGUUUGGUUACAAACUUUGGAAUUGGUUUUAAAGAAUUUUUCGUUAGUAUGGGUAAAGGUUUGGUAGGAAAUAGUUUUACUGAUUCAUUUGGUCAAGGUUCAAAAAGUUUAGCAAAACAUUCAGUCUAUGGUAUAUUUGAUUCGGGUGCAAAACUAACAGGUUCUGCUGGUAAAGUAUUAUCAACACUUUCAAUGGAUCAACGUUAUAUUCUAGAGAGACAAUAUAUCAUUGGUGAAUCACCAAAUACAUUUAUGCAAGGUUUAAUAUUGGGUGGUAGAGCUGCAAAAACUGCUGUUUAUCGUGGUUUCUCCGGUUUCGUAAAAUUACCUUAUGAAGGUGGUAAAGAAGCAGGACCAAAAGGUGUUGUCAAAGGUAUUGGUAAAGGAACUGCUGGUCUUGUGCUAAAACCAAUUGCAGCUGGCUUUGAUUUUGCUUCAAAAGUUUCAGAGGGUAUUAAAAAUUCAACUCAAUUAAGUAUAGAAAGAAAGAGAAUUAGAUUUCCACGUCCACUCUUUAGUGAUUCACCAUUAGAAACAUAUGAUUCAGCUGAAAGUUAUGGUCACUUUUUAUUCCUUACCUAUAUUAUCACCGCUGGUAAACUUAGAAGAAUCUCUGCUGAUCAAAUUAAUUUACCAUUAAUGGAAGUGGUUUCAAAGGAUGAAAAAUAUGUUUCUCAUUUAAUCUAUAAAAAUAGAAAAACCCUUCUUUUUACCAAUAAAAGAAUUAUCUAUCUCUAUGAUACCGAUGGUUUUAGAACAAAAUUCGAUAUAAAAUAUACAAGAAUUCAUGGUGUUUCUGAAAAAUCAGAUCAUAUCGAUAUAAAAAUAGAUAAAAAACAUAAACUAUCAUUCCUCUACAAUGAAAAGAAUAAAAAGAUAGACUAUAGAAUCAAGUGUGUUGGUGAAGAGAAAUCCUAUAUCUUUUAUAGAAUAAUAGAAAUGAUUAAAACUUAUAAACCAUUUGCUGAUGAAGAGUUAACUGUCAAUGGUUUAAAGGCUGACCCAACUACAAUGAUUCCAAUUCCACCACCACCCCCACCACCACUACAACAACAACUAUUAUAUGGUUCAAAUAUUAUUCAACAACAGCCACCAAUUCAGUAUUUCAAUGAUGGUAGUAGUAGUAGUAGUAAUUUAACUGGUGGUAGAACAAUUCAACCAAUUAUCUUUACAAAUGAUGCUGGUCCAAUGAGAAAUGAUUUAAAUCCAAUACUUGAGAAUUUAUUAGCUCAACAACCAAAUAAGAAUAUGGAGAUUCCAAUUUGGAUUUCACAAGGUUUCAAUCCACCAAAACCACCAGAUACAUUAAUUCCACAAAGAUUUAGAGACCCAAAUUUAAUUAAUAAUAAUAACAACUACUAUUAUCCAAAUGGUUCUGGUUAUGUUUAUUCCCAACCACCACUAUAUGAUCAAUAUGGUAAUCAAAUUCCACCUCCCCCACCACUUCCAUCACAUCCAUUAGCUAUUGAUCGUCCAACUACAACUACAACAACAAAUACAACCACAACACCCUAUCAAUCAUCUCAAAAUAUUCACUCAACACCAUACCCAACUGAAACUCCUCAAUCUGUUGUAUUAAAAGAAGAUAUUUCAAAAGCAAUUCAUACUCCAUCUGCUAGCUCUUUAAAGAAAUUAAAAACCCCUCAUCAUUACAAUGUAAGAUUUGAACCAUCAAGUAGUUUAGGCCCUCAAGAUUUUGAUAUUCAUACAAUUCGUUUACAAAAUCAACAAUAUCAACACAGUGGAAGUGGAGCACCCCCACCCCCACCAAUAAUAACCACAACAACUAAUUCAACCAUUCCACCACCAUCUUCUAAUAUAAAUCAACGUCAAUUACAACAUCAAUUCUCUAGUAAUUCGAUAAUAGAAACACCAAGAUAUAAAAGCAUGGCUAGACAACAACAAUUUCAACAACCACCACCUCCACCUCCAUUACCAUCCAAUAACAGAUUAUCAUUAACACCAAGUGGUAGUGGCAAUAUAAAUUAUAGUGAUAAAUUUGAAGUGGCAUUGAACACAAUUAUUCAAAUUCAAAAAAUUCAAUCUCAACAAAUGUCAUCACUUCAAAAGAAUCAAAGAGAUUUACAAAAAUUAUUAUUUCAACAACAAUCAACCGAAUUUGAUACAUUAAGAAAUCAACAAGAACAAAUUCAAAACAUAAUAUCACAAUAUCAUCCAUUAAGCCCUUCAAAAGCUUCUUUAGUUUCAAAACUAUCCAAUGAACUUGAGUCAACAAAUAGUAAUGUUGUAAUUUCACCUCCAACAGGUGGUGCUUCAAAUUAA